AUGUCCUGCUGUGUCCCCAGCUGCGGCGUGGCCACCCCGACCCCUCUGGCUGACACCAGCAACGCGCCCUGCGUGCGGCAGUGCCCCGACUCCACGGUGGUCAUCCAGCCGCCGGCCUCGGUGGUCACCUUCCCCGGGCCCAUCCUCAGCUCCUUCCCGCAGCAGAGCGCCGUGGGCUCGGCCGGAGCUCCCUUCGUCGGGGGCGGCUUCGGCGGCUCCUCCGGACGCCGUGGGGGCUCCGGGGGCUCCGGGGGCUUUGGUGGAUUCGGAGCUUUCGGGGGCAGCUGCGGCGGCGGCUCCAGAAGCUGCGGGCCCUGCUAA